CAGUACGUUAUCUUGCAUUUCGAACUCCCCACGAAUGUUUUUGAUAUUCAGUGCUAUCUUUUACUGACAGCAUCGUCAAAUGCACACGUGACAAAUGGCCUUGCCUUGCAUAAAGCGUUUCUACAUUCUACAAUGUCGGUCAUACAAUGUUUCUACGACGAUACAUGUAAUGUGUGUUGUGCACUUCUGGCUAUCAUCACCUUCUUUCUGGGAGUAUUUGUAAGUGCAAUGCUUGCAUUGUGUCGUUCCUGGGGAUGCCGUAGUAACUGUCUAGGCCGUACCAAGAAACUAUGCAUUGUGGCUUAUAACAGUUCGACCCUCGACAAGGUUAGAGAUCACAUGGAGUUCUUGGAGUUCGAGGGAGAAAAUAUAGACAUUGAGGAGCUCCAACUGGAAACUACAGAUAGUAAACCUAACUUCAGUCGCAUCAAGUACGUGCUAUGUUGUGUAGAGCAGACAUCCGGAAGGACAAUCAUACUCUCCGAUAACGAACCGGACCAGCUUGGAGCUAUUACUGCCCACGCGAAAAUGGCCAAAGCCCACUGCGCCAUCCUUGUGCUAGGUACACGGGACCCUCCAAACGGACAACUCUACGAUGAGACCCAACUGGAUGAUUUAAUGACUAGUCAAACGAGACUUAAAGAAUACAGCGACUCCAAGAGAUUGUUCAGCUUUAGCAGUGCCUUAAACGACAAUCAAAAGAGUGCUAUCAUGGAAUGGCUUGGACUCAAAAGUCAAAGUGUCAAUGGAAGAAAUCAGAUUAGUGACAGUUUUGUGAAGAAUCCGGAAUGAAUUAAAACUACCGCGUAAAUUGUUCCAGGUUAGUCAAUAACAAUACUCCAAGAUAUUACUUGAGCACAUCUUCGUGGACUACCCGUAUGAAAAUAUGUACAAGAUCGCUUUAAUGAUAUUCUACAAUGGUAAAACGCAAAUUUAAAGCUUCUCUUAUUAGCCUACCGGUGAGCUUUCUCACUUUCUUAAUAAAUAUUUUUCAAGUAAAGCUGUCUAAUGACUGUUCCUUCAUUAUCGUUGUCAAGUAUAAACAUUAUAGUAGCCGCAAAUAUCUGUUACAAAAAAGGAACACAAGAACAACUAAUUAUCAGUUGUGGGAAUAAAAAGUGUAAUUUGUUGUCAGGUGACAAAAAAUAUAGUUUUGAAGUUAUUCCCCGCGUGGUAAGAAAUUAUAUUUGUACACAUAAAU